AUGUUUGUUUAGUUUUUAUUAAUUUUUAUAAACAUCAGUCUUGGUGAUGUUGUAAUUUUAGAGAAUCAAGAAUCCUCAGAAACAUUUAAAAUUCAUUUUGGAGAACCAAAAAUAAUAAUAAAAAUUCCCGAGGCAGAAGAUGCUGUUUUGGAAAAUUUUGAAAAAAUUAAUUUUUGUGAAGUAAAAUAGCAAACUGUCUAAACAUAAACAUAGUAAUUUACAAUAAUAAGACCAGAUGAAUUUAAAGAGUAUUUUGAUUGAUUUAUAAAUAGUUAUGAGUUUGAAAAUGAUACUCCAUUAAAUUUUAGAUAAUUCAUAGGAAUGGUUCAUGUUAAUGAUGGAAUGAUAGCAAUUACUUCUGAUUCCAUUGCAUACUUAAUUAAAUUCAAUUAUAAUAAAGUCAUACAUGAACAUGGUUUUGCAACUUAUGGAAAUAGUGCUGAUUUUGCAGGAGUGAUUUGGAAGGCAAAUAUAUAAGAUAUUGUAUAAUCAACAGAAUCAAAAUAAUAAUUACCUUAAUUAGUUUAUUCUAAAACAAGAAAUUUGGCUUUUAUUUUAUACUCUGAUACUGCUUAAUAUUUUGAUGUUUCUGAAAUGGAAAAAAAUUCACAUGCACUUCUUAUACAUACAAUUUAAAAUUUUAAGGCAAGAGAAGAAAGAGGAUUAACAAAGGAAGUUGAAGAAUAUCUAUUUUCAGCUGUAGGAAAGGCAGGUUUGGAUAUCUAUAAAAUUGUAGAUGAUUAAGUUUAUUUUUAAAGUACUAUUACAUUCUUAGAUUUUAAUAUUAACACUCAUUAAUUAGAUUUAAGAGAUUUUGCAGUUCUAAAGGUUGAAAAAGAUAAAUACUAAUUAUAUUUAUUAGAUUCAAAAAUAGGUUUGAUUCUAGCUUACAUGUAUAUUAAAAAAGAUGGUUUAUAGUUUGAAAAAGUAUUGGAAAUUGAUCCAAUACCAAAUGGAAUAGCAAUUGAUACAAAGAAUGGAAAGAAUGUAUUUGCAGCCUUUGAAGAUGAUGGUAUUUAUUUUUAUAUUGAAUAUCUUGUGAAUUUUACUGAAAAAACAUUUUCUAUUAUUACAAAAAAAUUUAGUAAUUAUAGAAUAUUAGAUGUUGAUGCAACAGAUGAAUUUGCUAUUAUUAGUGGUGUUAGUAAUCAUUAAAUUGUGUUUUAAAAUGGUUAUGAUUUUAUUGCUCCUCACAAAGAACCUAUUAGAUUUUCAUAAAUAGGCAUGAGAGAUUUUGAAUUUUUUAAAUAUUCUUAUUCAUAAGAUGAACUUAAAAUUGCUGCUAAUUAACAGAAUGAUUAUUAAUAUGAUGAUUUCUUUUUUGGAGUCACUGCUACCAAUGCAUUCUUAACUAAAUUUAAAUUUGUUCCUGCUAGAGUAGUUUGUUUUACUGAUCAUAGUAAUUUUAUCUUAUAUAAUUUUUUAGAGAACUUAUAAAACGCUAAGCAAUUUUAUGUUCUUAAAUUUAAUUAAUCAUUCAUUACAAACGAUAUCAUAUCUCAAGAAAAAGUAAUAAGAACAACAAAAAAAUUUGCAGUUGAAGUAGUAACUCCAUUCUUAUUUGAAAAGCAAAUAAAUUUAAUUUGUUUCAUUUUAAUUGUUUUAGGAGUUGUAUUAUUUUUUUGCGGUAUUAUUAUAUAUUGAUUUAAUAGUAAGCGCAAUUUUUUAUAAAUAUAAAUAAUUCAGAUAGGAGGAAAUAAGGUUAGAUACAGAAUUAGAAAACCAUUAAAAGAAUAAUAAUAGUUAGAAUCAAAUAAAUUUUGAUGAGAGUUAGAUAAUAUAGGGUUAAUAAUAAUAAAAAGAGAUCUGA